AUGUCAGCUGGGACCAUGGCCACGGUGGAGUUUACCGCCCCCAGCCAGCGAGUGAAGAUGGUGGACAUGCACCCCAAAGAGCCCAUCUUCAUUGCAGCUUUGUAUUCUGGCGGCAUCAAUUUGUACAACUACCAGACGCAGGCGCUCGUCCGCUCCUUUGACACAGGCACGGGUCUUCCAGUGCGCUGCGUUCGUUUUAUUCCUCGCCUGCAGAGUUUUGUGUGCGGCUGUGAUGACAUGAACGUACGUGUGUUCAACUACCACACAAUGGAGAGGACGAAGAUAUUCCAGGCUCACGACGACUACAUCCGCUGUGUCGCUGUUCACGACCAGCUGCCGCUGGUGCUCACGUGCGCGGAUGACAUGACUAUCCGACAGUGGGACUGGAGCAAGGGAUGGACGCUACAGAUCACCUACGAGGGACACCAGCACUUCUGCAUGGCCAUUGCCUUUAACCCGAAGGACUCUUCCGCGUUCGCCUCCGCCUCGAUGGACUGCACCAUCAAGGUAUGGCGCAUCAACACGCCAAUACCUAACUAUCAACUAGAAGGCCACGAGGAUGGUGUCAACUGCGUUGAGUUCUAUCCGCGCGGCGACAAGCCCUACCUGUUGAGUGGGUCCGACGACAGGACAGUGCGGUUGUGGGACUACCAGACCAAAGCGUGUCUGCAGGUCUUCUCCUUCCACGACGAAAACGUCGCAAGUGUGCUUUUCCACCCGGACCUGCCGGUCAUCUACUCCAUCUCCGAGUCAGACCACAUCGCCGCCUUCUCCACCGAGACGUUUCGCCUGCUGUACUCGUGCAGCCACUCGGACAUGGGACGUGGAUGGUCGCUGACCGCGAAGCGCUACACAAAUAUGCUGAUUGCCGGCUUUGACAACGGCGUGCGGGCCUACAAAGUGGGUGUGGACAAGCCCGUCUUCUCUAUGGACGCCAACGGUCGGGUCCUCGUUGUGACCGGAAACGAGAUCACGCGUAUGGACAUCAAGGCCGUGGGGUCGGAGACCCCCGACGGCGAGGUGCUGAGUGUUGCGACGAAGGACAUGGGUGCCGUCGAGGCGACUGCUCGCUCCAUUUUUCACGCUGGAAAUGGCCAGUUCAUUUGUGUUCUCGGCGACGACAACUACACCAUCAUAUCGGCCCUCUCGCUGCGUCCCAAGUCGUACGGGCAGUGUAUAUCAUUUGUCUGGGGCCCUGAGAGCGGCGCCUACGCCGUGCUGGAGAGUUCGACGACGCUGAAGAUUUUCAAGAGCUUCAAGGGGCGUGCCGUUCUGUCGCUGCCGGCGGUGGCCGAUAAGCUGUUUGGUGGACCACUGCUGGCAGUGCGCACGAACAACAGCAUCAUGUUCUACGACUGGGGCACGCUGGCGCUGAUCCGGCAGAUCGACGAGACUCCGAUGACGCUCGAGUGGAACGCGACGGGUGGGCUCGUGGCGCUCGUCACGAGCAGCGGUGUCUUCCUCCUCAAGUUCAAUGGGGACGCUGUCGCGCAAUACCUCGAGCAGAACGCCACCACCAGCGACGAUGGUCUCGACUUCUCCUUCGACCUUGUGGAGGAGUUGGAUGAGAAGGCACGCGAUGUGGCGUGGGUGGGAGACUGCCUUGUGUACAUCAAUCAGGUGCAUCGUCUCAACUACUAUAUUGGUGGCGAGGUAAACAACAUCGCUGUGCUGAACCGUAACCAGUACCUCCUCGGCUACCUACCAAAGGAAAAUCGUUUCUUCUGCAUCGACAAGGAAAAGAACAUUACGAGCUAUCGCUUUGAGGUGAACGUCAUAGAGUACAUGGCCGCCAUCGUUCGAGAGGACUUUGAUGCCGCCAAUGCACUUCUCCCCACGAUCGAUGUGAGCCUACGUGACAAGCUGUCGCGGUUUGUGGAAUCGCGGGGGCUGCUGGAGAUCGCGCUCGAGAUCGCCACCGAUGACGAGCACCGCUUCGACCUGGCGGUUCAGCUAAAGCAGCUGUCCUUGGCUUGCGAGAUCGCCAGCAAGGCGAACGUUGCCUCGCACUGGAAGCAGGUGGGCGACAUUGCACUUGAGCAAGGCUACUUCGACAUGGCGAUCGAGUCUCUGGAGAAGUGCAACGACUGGAGCGGACUGCUGCUCAUCUACAAAUCUCUCAAUGACAUGCAGGCCAUCUCGCGCCUCGGUGACUGCUGUCUGCAAAGCGGACAAGCCAACCUGGCCUUCACCUGCUACCACCUCACCCAACGUCACGCAGAGUGCGUAGAACUGCUGCAAAAGACCGGCAAGAUGGGUGACGCCGCUUUCUACGCCCGCACCUACUGCCCGAACCUCAUCGAGGACGCUGUGGCCAAGUGGAGGGCAUCGGUCGCCUCGAUUCCUCGCGUGAGCCAAGCGUUAGCCAACCCGGCGGCCUACCCGAACCUGUUCCCAUCACUGCGCUAUGCCGACUUAUCCUCCCGAAAGGAACCCAAGGCUGACGUCCCGCUGUCCAUGUCAGAGCCGGCGAAGGUGGUCGCCGACAUCGACUCUGCACGGGACCACACCCCUCUGCGCGGCCAGCUGGCGGCGGAGAUACUCCCGCAGCCGAUGCACACGCCGAUGGAAGCGUCGCAGUCCUCUGUAGUAUCGCCACCGCCGCCAAGCUUUCAAGCGAUAGGAGUCGCCACGACCGACGCGGCCCCAGUUCACGAUACCGUAGGCAGCGUGUCCAAUGAGAUACAGGAACUGGUGGACGAGAGCGGCGCUUAA